AUGAGCGAGAGCAGCACGCCGACGACGACCAACGCCCUGGUGGAGCAGCAGGGAGAGCGCCGCUCCAAGCGCCGCCACCGUGCCACGGUCAAGCGCGCCGUCGGGUCCAACGAGUCGCCGGCCAUCUGGGCCGCGCGCCACCAGGACGGCCGGGCCUUCGACGGCGACCGGGUCGAGUUCGGGUUCAACCUCUUUCACAGCGAGGCCGACGCCACCAGGCUGACGGCCACCCGCGCCGCCACGGCCAACCGCAAGUCCAUCGUCGACAAGACCGAAGCCGCCAUCGUGGGCGACACGUGGGUCAGCCCGGCGUUCCCCGACAUCGACGGCGAGGAUGACACGGACGUCUUCCUCACCAUCGAGGUGCAGGCCGCCCGCUCGCACGGCCAGUCGGGCAACGAGAUCGUGGGCUACGACGCGUGGUUCGACGGCAAGCGCGAGCUCUCCAACAUGUCGGCGCUGCCCAAUGCCAACGUGAGCCGGGCCGUCAUCGAGGGGUGCAUGAAGGCCAUUGAACACGCGAGGAACCCGGAGACGGGUUCAGCGAUGCCACCGCCAUCCUGCUGA